AUGUCUCGGGGUGGCUGCUGCCCACACCUGUUGUGGGACGUCAGGAAAAGGUCCCUCGGGCUGGAGGACCCGUCCCGGCUGCGGAGCCGCUACCUGGGAAGAAGAGAAUUUAUCCAAAGAUUAAAACUUGAAGCAACCCUGAAUGUGCAUGAUGGCUGUGUUAAUACAAUCUGUUGGAAUGACACUGGAGAAUAUAUUUUAUCUGGUUCAGAUGACACCAAGUUAGUGAUUAGUAAUCCUUACAGCAGAAAGGUUUUAACAACAAUUCGUUCAGGACACCGAGCAAAUAUAUUUAGUGCAAAGUUCUUACCAUGCACAAAUGAUAAGCAGAUUGUAUCCUGCUCGGGAGAUGGAGUGAUAUUUUAUACUAAUGUUGAGCAAGAUGCAGAAACUAAUAGACAAUGCCAAUUUACGUGCCAUUAUGGAACUACCUAUGAGAUUAUGACUGUACCAAAUGAUCCUUACACUUUUCUCUCUUGUGGUGAAGAUGGAACUGUUAGAUGGUUUGAUACCCGCAUCAAAACUAGCUGCACAAAAGAAGAUUGUAAAGACGAUAUUUUAAUUAACUGUCGACGUGCUGCCACAUCUGUAGCUAUUUGUCCACCAAUUCCAUAUUAUCUCGCUGUUGGUUGUUCUGAUAGCUCAGUAAGAAUAUAUGAUCGACGAAUGCUAGGCACCAGAGCUACAGGGAAUUAUGCCGGUCGAGGGACCACUGGAAUGGUUGCUCGUUUUAUUCCUUCCCAUCUUAAUAAUAAGUCCUGCAGAGUGACAUCACUGUGUUAUAGUGAAGAUGGUCAAGAAAUUCUUGUUAGCUACUCUUCAGAUUACAUAUAUCUGUUUGAUCCCAAAGAUGAUACAGCACGUGAACUUAAAACUCCUUCUGCAGAAGAGAGAAGAGAAGAGUUACGACAGCCUCCUGUAAAGCGUUUGAGACUUCGUGGUGAUUGGUCAGAUACUGGGCCUAGAGCAAGACCAGAGAGUGAACGAGAACGCGAUGGAGAGCAAAGCCCCAAUGUGUCCUUGAUGCAGAGAAUGUCUGAUAUGCUAUCACGGUGGUUUGAGGAAGCAAGUGAAGUUGCACAGAGCAAUAGAGGACAAGGAAGAUCUCGCGGGAGAGGUGGAACAAGUCAGUCUGAGGUUUCCACUCUUCCUACCGUCCCUUCAAGUACUGAUUUGGAAGUAGGUGAAACAGCUAUGGAAGUUGAAGCUCCAGCUGAGCCGUUUCCUCAGCCGUCUACAUCCUCUUCAGCGUCCGCCCAGGCUCAUUCAGCAGCACCGUCUACAGAAAGCCCUCAGUCUACUUUGCUAUCUUCUCCAGACCAUGAGCAGAGACAGUCUGUGGAGGCUUCUGGGCACCACACACAUCAUCAGUCUGAAUUUUUAAGGGGGCCUGAGAUAGCUUUGCUCCGUAAGCGCCUGCAACAGCUGAGGCUUAAGAAAGCUGAGGAGCAGAGGCAGCGAGAGCUAGCUGCACGUGCCCAACAAGAGCCUUCCACUUCUGAUCAGUCUUCUCAUGAGGGCUCUUCUCAGGACCCUCAGGCUUCAGAUUCUCCUUCUUCUGUGGUUAACAAACAGCUCGGAUCCAUGUCACUUGACGAGCAACAGGAUAACAGUAAUGAAAGGCUGAGCCCCAAACCAGGGACAGGUGAACCAGUUUUAAGUUUGCACUACAGCACAGAAGGAACAACUACAAGCACAAUUAAACUGAACUUUACAGAUGAAUGGAGCAGUACAGCCUCAAGUUCUAGAGGAAAUGGAAGCCAUUGCAAAGCUGAAGGCCAGGAAGAAUCCUUGGUCUCACCAAGCUCCAUGCACGCUCCAAAAGGAGAGAAUGAAACAAAGGCUCCCGAAGCAUCAUCUGAAGAUGCAGCACAGAAUCAGGAAGACACGUCUGCAGAACAUUCAAUAGAUAUAGCACAAUCAGAUAAUUUGACAACUGAGCCAUUGGAUUCCAGCUCAGGAGAAAGAAAUGACCUCAAUCUUGACAACUCUAGUGGGGUUCCUGAAGAAUCCACUUUGUCUGAAAAAGGCAAUGAACUAGAAACCUCAAAUCAACUUAGCACUGAAAGUGCUGCCAAUCCCAGUACCACCAGUCCUGAGCCUCAGUCCCAAACAGAAGCCAUCAGCCCGUCAGUUCAUGAGGAAACAUCUACCAGGGACUCUGCCCACCAGGACACAGACGACAGUGAUGAUGACCCAGUCCUCAUCCCAGGGGCAAGGUACCGAGCAGGACCUGGUGAUAGAUUUCAUAUCAGAGGAACAACAAUAGGUGAUAGAAUAAUGAGACGCUCUGCUGUAGCCCGCAUUCAGGAAUUCUUCAGGCGAAGAAAAGAAAGGAAAGAAAUGGAAGAAUUGGAUACUUUGAAUAUUAGAAGGCCACUAGUAAAGAUGGUAUAUAAGGGACAUCGCAAUUCCCGGACGAUGAUUAAAGAAGCCAAUUUCUGGGGUACUAACUUUGUAAUGAGUGGUUCUGACUGUGGCCAUAUCUUCAUCUGGGAUCGCCACACUGCUGAGCAUUUGAUGCUUCUGGAAGCUGAUAAUCAUGUGGUGAACUGCCUGCAGCCGCAUCCAUUUGACCCAAUUCUGGCCUCAUCUGGGAUAGAUUAUGACAUAAAGAUCUGGUCACCACUAGAAGAGUCAAGAAUUUUUAACCGGAAACUUGCUGAUGAAGUUAUAACUCGAAAUGAACUCAUGCUCGAAGAGACUAGAAACACCAUUACAGUUCCAGCCUCUUUCAUGUUGAGGAUGUUGGCGUCACUGAAUCAUAUCCGAGCUGAUCGCUUGGAGGGUGACAGAUCAGAAGGCUCUGGCCAGGAAAAUGAGAAUGAAGAUGAAGAAUAA